UAAAACAUCAAAACAUUUUCAUAUUGUAUUCCCUUCGUUCCUACACGAAAAAAAGCAAUAAGCAACGUAUAAAAUAUAUGCUUUGCACCUGACACACGUUAGCAGAACGCGCCCUUAUAAAUAUGUACAUAGGUACGUUAUUUUCAAGCGGUCUGAAUUUUUAAUUUUCUUCGCCAGGGUUAGAAAAAUGUUUACAUUGCUUUAUUCGCACGAUUGCAGAGUUUCCAAAAAUAACUUCUUUGCCUAGCGCCACAAGGUUUGUUUUCCAUGAGCACCACGUGAACGCGUGCAGCGGUCAGAUGAUUGCAGAUUGAAAUCAGAUACUCAAUACGCCCACUCGUCGACAGACGCAAUUCAUUAUUCUACUUUUACUGUCGCACUGAAAGUUACACAUACAUAUUUAUGUCUCUUGAAUAAUAAACAAAGUUAUUCAAUCGGUGUAAACAUAACUCUCGGGACAAUGGAGUGCGGCCGUCUCAACAACGGCUUGAGGUGGAGCGCGUACUCUUCCGCGUCAUCAGACACAAUCAUGCCGCCCGUAGUGAUCGAAGACUUGUGCGGAGACGAGCAGUACCCGGUGACCGACAAUUAUCUGAUAACUUUCCCGGAAGAGGAUAGCGAGCCCGAAUCAGCUCGUGACAUCAAAAAGCGGAUUUCCGAAGAAAUAGACAUCUUAAACGAAGCUCCUAAACUUCUUAAUCGUUGUUACGAAAACCCUCUUUUCAUUCCGGCCAGCGAAGUUUUAAAAGACGAGAUAAGUGACGACGGGGACACUGAGGAACUAAUGAAGAGUGAGGCAAAAAAGUUUGAGGAUUAUAAGUUUUGUGAGGCAGUUAACGACUUCGAUAUCGAGUUGGAAGCGGGGGAGGCGGUGCCUAUAGUGUACCUGUCGACGACGCGAGCCGCGCGCUUGCAGAGGGCACUGCGGCUCGGCGGAUACAAAAAGUUGGGGGAAGGGGUGGAGCUGACUUUGGGCGAGUUGCGCGCGAUGGCGCUGCGACAACAGCAGCAGAUCGACACGCAACACCAGCUGCUCUGCGCCAAGGAGCAGCGGCUGCGGUACCUCAAGCAGCAGGAGGCUAGGCAACAUCAGGUGGCGGUCGAGGGCGAGCGGCUACGGCGGCUACGCGAGCGCGUAGAGGCGCAAGAGUUGAAGCUACGCCGGCUACGAGCGCUACGAGGACAGCUCGAUAGAAACAAGCAAGCGAAUAUUGCAUUAACGAGUGACCUAGAAUCAAUACGAGCACUUUUCAAUGAGAAAGAGAAAGAAUUAUCAGUGGCGGUGGCCAAAGUGGAGGAGUUAACGAGGCAGCUGGAAGAGUUGAGAAGAGGAAGAGUACAACCAGCGCCACCAUCAGCUCAUGAGCUGGACAAGCUGCGUCGGGAGUUAAUGUACCGCAACAAGCUGAAUGAACAGCAGAAUGGCAGAUUAUCAGCGCAGCGGGCGGCGCUGGGUGCGCGGCAGGAGGAGAUGCGAAGUAUCGACCGCCGGGUCUCAGAGCUGCAGGCUCGGCUGCUGAGGAAGAGGGCCCUGAACAGGCAACUAGCGGCUGCCCAUCGACAGCCGCAGCAGCAGAGAACGACGAAUCCCACGCCCAUGCAACAGUUACCUAGCUACUCAACUGGUAACAAUGUGGUAAAUAGUCAACCAAAGAACCAACAAGCCAGAGGAAAUGUUGCUGCCGUGGAACCUUACAAUCAUGUGCCCCAUGCCCAGAGCGUUAGUCAUAAUGCCAAUUUCCAGGCAAUGAAGCAGAAUGUAUUACAAAACAACGUGCCAUUAAAACAACACACACAAAGCGACAACAUUCAGAGUCAUUUAACGCAGGAAGCGCAUUACUUACAACAGAAACAAAUGAUUAACCCGUUGUUCAACGGCUACACUCACUCACAGGGGCUACAGGAGAAUCAAUAUCCGGGGCAGUAUCCAAACAAACAUGAGAACUUUAGUCAUGUUCAGCAAGGCAUCGGCAACGCUUACGAUCAGAAGGCUAUGCUCGAUCAAAAACAAUACAUGGACUACCUAAAACAACCACAAUACAGUCCGAAUAGCACGAGCAGUUCGAAUAGCAAUCAAACAAAUAAAGAUCUGAAAAUUAACGAGCAAGAAUUCCUUCCAGAAUUUGCUGCGAGUAAGUCAGAUCCUAAAUAUCAAACAUUGCCUUACAAUACAAAAUUCCCACAGAGUACGAACGGGAAAUUAAAACCCGAAGUUAAUGGUAAAAACAACGAAAACCAAGAUGCGAAAAACGCGAUCAAUGUAAAUCACAUGACUGUACAUUCUACGCCACUUUCGGUUGUGAAUAAAAGUCUAGCGACACCUCUAAGUCAAACGGAAACUACAUAUCAGCAGGAAAACACAUAUCAGUUGCAAAAAUCUGACUCUUCUAGUAGAUGUAAUCAGGAAGGGAAGGAGAACCAGGCAUAUCCACAGAAUAGGCUAAGUCAGAAUAAUAGUCAGAAUAAUGAAGCUUCAAAAGGAAACGGGAAGAGCCAGCAGGUGUUAAAAGGCAGCUCACCAAGUUUGGGCUCCAGUACAACUUCGGCUAGCAGUUCUAUUGGAUUUGGGAAACCUGUAUCGAGUGUUGCACCCACAUCAGUUCAGGUCUCAAGCGGGAAACCGUCACCCAUUUACCAGACAUCCUCCACAAAGAUCCAACCGGUCCAGCCACAGACCGUUCAGACUCAAAGCAUCACUGUAUCAUCAUCAAAUCAUGUAGCUAGUAAUGUGGUGACCUCCCAACCCCAGAUCGUUAGGAACACGGCGUCAGGACUGUCCACCAGCACGGGAAGUUCAUUCACCGGCCAGAAUGCGUCGUCACAGAGUAUCUUGCUGUCACCACCUCAGAGUGCCAGCACGCCACUCUCAACGCCAGAUGUUAGCGGUACAGACAAAUCCCCUAAACCGGCUCUACCUCCAAAACCCACCAUCAAGACACCACCGAGACAGUCAGUGAACAACGACGUUGGCUUCAACCAGUCUACUGAUAACAUAACACCUAUGCCCACCAUACCCUUGCCUUCAGAUUUAUCAAACGAUAGUGACCAACAAAACCAGAAAGACACAGUCAGUAGUACUAGUAGCAACGAAAUGAUUAUAAAAGCACGCCCACUUACAAUAAGAAAACCACCAAUGAGUGAGCAGCCUAAACUUAGAAACGUUAGUAACACGAAGAAUGGAAUAAGUGUAAGCAUAAAUCGACGUAUAGAGAUGCCGCCAGCGUUUUUAUUCCCCGAAAUGGAUCACUUAGUCGAUUCCACGCCUAAUGAAAACGGCCUAAAGGAUAAGAAACAGAAGGAUGAGGUUGAUAGAGCGCUGAAUAACAAUAACAUAUCAAUAGGACAAGAUGAUAGUAAGGAUAUUGUUGUGUCAGAUAUUACGGAGCAGAUCAGUUCGGUAGACUUAAACGGUCAGGAUUCUCAGGGUACUGAGAAUGUUCUGAGGCGAAAGAAGGGUAACUUGAAGCAAGGAGGCAAAGCUCCGCUAGCCAGGCGAGUUAGCUUCGAUCCCCUCGCUCUGCUGUUGGAUGCUAGUUUAGAAGGCGAGUUAGAACUCGUUAAGAAAACGGCAACACAGGUGCAGAAUGCAAGCGCUGCAAAUGACGAAGGGAUCACUGCUCUACAUAAUGCGAUCUGCGCUGGGCACUUCGAAAUCGUCAAAUUCCUAGUGGAGCUAGGUUGUGAUGUAAAUGCGCAGGACUCCGAUGGCUGGACGCCACUACACUGUGCCGCAUCUUGCAACAACCUAGCUAUGGUCCGCUUCCUCGUCGAUAAUGGUGCGUGUAUAUUCGCAACGACGCUGUCUGACCAUGAGACGGCGGCCGAGAAGUGCGAAGAGGACGAGGAGGGGUUCGAUGGAUGCUCGGAAUAUCUUUACAGUGUACAAGAAAAACUAGGCAUAAUGAACAACGGGCUCGUGUACGCGGUGUUCUCAUACAGCGCGGCGCGUAAUGACGAGCUCUCGUUCGAGACGGGUGCACGGCUGCAAGUGCUGCGCAAAGGAGACGACAAUGAAAGGGAAUGGUGGUGGUGCCGGGACGACCAGGCGACUGAGGGAUACGUGCCUAGGAACUUGCUUGGGUUAUAUCCACGAGUAACCACACAGCAAGAUUGAAGUCUUGAACGAUGACCUGAUUAAUUUGUAAAUAUCUAUUAGUUACUUUUAUUUUUUAUGUAUUUAUAUCACUGUAAUCUAAAAGUAACGACGCUGUAUACAAUUUUAUCAAAUCUAAUAUUUUGUAAAUAUUUAACUGUAUAAGUCAAAUGAAUGAGAUUAUAUUGUACAUUUUAUAAAUAUUUUGAGUCAUCACUGAUAUUAUUGGUCAUAAAAUUUGUAUAUCUUAGUUCUGCAAAUGUUGUGAACUAAUUACACAUAAACUGACAAUACAAAUAAUUAUGAAG